GUGAGGUAGACGUUAGAACGAGUGUAGUGCGGUAUUGCAGCCACGUGCACUUUGUCUUUAACACUUUUAAAUACUAUUACCAUCACAAUGCCUGAUGUGGAGGCUAGACUUGAACCUCAAAUGCGUUGUAGCAGCAGAGAAGAAAUUUUAAAUAUGGAACAUGAACAAAAACCUCUGCUGUCUACAGACGAACAUUCUGCUGCAAGCAACGUGUGUAUUGAGAAGCACAGCUCUCUUGACCCCGAUAACUUACAGCACCUUGUAUGUAAACCAGUGAACGGUGUUAAACUGCAGAGUAAGAUGGCCAGUAUUAGUGAGUCUUUAAUUUUGCCAUCAGUUACUGCAGUUGAAGUGUGUAAAGUACUUAGUGAGGAAAGUAAGAGUGAAACAAUCGAACCACAGCCGUGUAGUGAAGGAGGGGCUCGUGUCGCCCCAGCUGUCCCCUGCCCACAUCCUACGUUUUUCCUUCCUAGUGAGGAAGAUACAAGUGAUGACGACAUGGAUAAUGGUGACGCGGGUGUGGUGGUGCUCCCUGAGGCGGGCCUGGCACCUGGUUCAGGCAACUCGGUGCCUACCUCCACUCCACCACACAGUAGCCAAAUGCCACCCAGUGUCAGCCGAGCAGGUGUACGGUUACAAGGCAGUCGCCAUGUGUUCACCAUAGUUCCUGUUGACAGUAGUGAAUUACACACUGAACAUGACAAUGGUAAUGUUCCUGAGGCGGAGGUGUUGCUGAGUGCUGCUCCCACCACUACACAAUGUAUCACCACCGCCUUGUCCUCCUGCCCCUACCCACCACCCACUGUGUCUACCCGUGCGGGCGUCCCUUACUCACACUACAACACCGUAAAGGGCCCUGCCAUUGGCCGUCGUCCACUAUACAACCCCUACCAGACCAUGACAGGACCCGGCAUUAGUACGGGCCUCUACAACCCGUACCUGAACAUGUCAGGGGUUACCAUGGGUUCGCCUCCAUACAAUCCAUAUCAGACAGUGACGGGUGCGAGCAUGGGCGCCCCGUUCUACCACCCCUACCACACCAUCACGGGGUUGGCGCCCUCUCGUGACUGUCUACACCGGGUGCCGACCUUCUCCAAGAGGGAAUAUGGCAUUGGCGGGUCAUCCAUGUUCGUGGCAAAUCCAGAAUUUAGAGCUGGAGACAUCCCGCCCUCCCUGGCGUCUGUGGUCCUGCCCAAGACACCCAUGCCUUCUCCUCAGUCAUCUGCAAGUGCCUUGAAUAAAGUUGUGGGUGUCCGACCUACGACUAUACAUCGUGUACGCACCAUGCCCUCCUCUGUGCUCUUCCCCAACACGUUGCCUCUACGGCAGGGAUCAAACCAGCAGAGUGGGGGUCAGCCUUCCUUUCCUCUAGAGCAGAUGACGUUGCAGUCUAUCAACCAGUUGACUGUGCGCUCAACUGGCGGCCUCAGCGUUGACGUCGGCAGCACAGACGGCCGCAAUGUAACUGUGCAUGGUGCAGUCGUGUCCCCAGAGCAACUACCCUUCCUGCCCCCCCUCAGGGCCGCCGGGCAGGAUGACGAGCAGCCGGGCAGGGCUGGGGCAGAGCCUCGUCAGACGUGGGGUAAUAAGGCACAGUUCAUUCUGGCGUGUAUUGGUUCAUCUGUCGGCCUCGGUAACCUGUGGCGGUUUCCUUACUUAUGCUACAAGAGUGGAGGAGGUGCAUUUCUGAUCCCAUAUUUCCUGAUGUUGUUCGUGUGUGGCAUCCCACUGCUGCUAAUGGAGCUGACGGUGGGCCAGUACACCAGACGGGGGCCUAUUGCUGCCAUGGAGAAGAUUUGUCCUCUAUUUAAAGGUGCUGGAGUAGGAACUGUGGUGAUUUCCUUCUUGCUGUGUACGUACUAUAACGUCAUCAUCGCCUGGGCAAUAUUCUAUUUUGUACAGUCGUUUUCUUCUGAGUUACCUUGGAGCAGUUGCAACACUACAUGGGCUGUGAAUUGUUUUGAGUAUGAUGCAGAUAUUGUGGCACCAAAUGGAACUAAAUCUCCAACAGAGGAAUUCUUUGAUGAAGUUGUUCUACAAAAGAGCAAAGGCAUAGGUGAGAUGGGGACGUUAAGACUCGAGUUACUGCUGGCACUGUUCGCCGCGUGGAUCCUUGUGUACUUCUCCUUAUGGAAAUCUGUCAAGUCGUCUGGAAAGGUUGUGUACGUGACGGCAACACUUCCAUACUUGCUGAUUGGUGCGUUCUUGUGGCGAGCGUUGACAUUGCCCGGCGCCAACAUAGGCCUCCGGUACUUCUUUAAUCCUCGUUGGGAGCUGCUAGGAAAUGCUGAGGUGUGGGUAAAUGCAGCGGCCCAGAACUUCAACAGUAUUGGCAUUGCAUUUGGAUCACUGAUAGCAUUUUCAUCAUACAACAAAUUCAAUAACAACAUCGUAGUGGACACGUGGGCCAUCAGUCUGACUAACUCAUUCACCUCACUGCUGGCCGGCAUGAUCGUCUUCUCUACUCUCGGCAACAUUGCCUUCGAGCAACACAGAGACAUUGACGAUGUUGUUGCUGAAGGUCCAGGGCUAGUAUUCAUGGUGUACCCACAGGCCCUAGCCAAGAUGCCUUAUGCUAAUGUGUGGGCCAUCCUGUUCUUCUUCAUGCUUCUCAUUCUGGGUCUCGACUCACAGUUUGCUACAGUUGAGGUCAUCAUCACAUCCCUUCAAGAUGCAUUUCCCAAAUGGAUUCGGAAACACCUGAAGCGUCAUGAAGUUCUUGUUUUGAUUGUUUGCUGUAUCUCCCUCCUCUUUGGCCUUCCAAAUAUCAUGCAAGGUGGCAUCUAUUUUUUCCAACUAAUAGACUACUAUGCUGCAGCAGUGUCCUUAAUGUACCUGGCAUUCUUUGAGGUGGUAGCCAUUGUGUGGGUUUAUGGUGCUGGUCGUCUAUCGAGAAAUAUAAGAGAAAUGACAGGACGUUUACCAUCACAAUACUUUCGCUUCUGCUGGUACUUUGCCUCACCUGUGUUGAUUCUGGCUAUCUGGAUAUUUUCAAUGGUAGACUACAAACAACCAACAUACAACAAGGGGGAAUACAUAUACCCAGAUUGGGCAAUUGGUGUGGGAUGGAUCAUUGCUACACUCUCCAUUGCACCGAUCCCAAUUUUUGCCAUCAUAGCUAUAAUUAAAGCUAAAGGAACAACUGUAUUUGAGAAACUGAAGAACUCUAUUAGAUCUUCAAUUGAGGAGUGUCCAUGCUGUGGUCGAGCAUUCAACUGUUUAGAUGAAGGUCACACACACGGGAACGAGUGUCUCGACAACCCUGUGAAGCUUGUCGUUUACAACGCACAAGAUAGUAACUUGGACAAGUCUACCCUUACCAUGGCUGAGGCUAAUGGAGACAUUACAGAAAGAAAAGUAAAUGCGGAAAAUGCCAUAUGAAGUGUAGCAAAAUACUGUAGUUCGUAAUAUGUCAUUUAAACACUAUACUGUAGUCCUAUACCAUGAAAAUAAGGCAUGUAUCAAGGAGUUUAUUUUACAGUAAUUUACACUGGAGUAUAAUAUUGUAUGAUCAGCAACUUUAGGAAAACUUGCUCUCACCUGAUAUUCAAUAUCUCUGUUUGUCCACCAUCUUCACCCUCUAAUAUACUGUACCUGCAAUAAAUUCCUGUGUCCCUUUUUGAAGUCAUCUCUCUCAAUUAUACAUUUAGUUUUACUUUCUCGUAUAAUUUUAUAGUGUUAAGGUUAGGCAAGUCACACUCAUGCUCUCACUGUAAGCUCUUGCUUCACCUACUGUUCAAAUUAUUUCAGCCUUAUUCUGUUCCUUUCUCAGCCUCUCUUUUUCCAUGUUGCUUUCUCACUCCAUGCAUUUCUCCCUCUGCUUCUCCUUUUAAAGAGAAUAAGUGUAUACAUCCAGUCCUUAAAUAGUUACUAAACUUUCUUUUAAAAGCAAUUUAUUAAUAAUUCAUUGCAGGGACAACAAAAUUAUUUUAUUCGGUAUCAGAACCUCAGAGGUGCUCAAUAAACUUAGUUUUAUCAAAUUAUUUUGUCUUAUUUUUUAUAUUAGUAAAGUCAAGGACUUGCAUUGUGGAUUUUAAUGUCUUGUAAUUAUUUUGAAAUAUAAUCCCUUUUAUUAUUAUUAUUAUUAGGAUUCUUUAACAUCUAGAGUCAUCUUUCUUUUCUAACUGGUACAGAUUUUUUUUUACAGUACAAAUACAGAAAAGAAAAAAAAAGGAAAUUUAUAAAGAAAUUAUCAAUAUGUUUCCUUGCAAAAUUUCAUUCACACAGGACAGUUAAGUUUAUAGUGUUUACACUGAAUAUUACCUUAACUAUGGUGCUGUAAAUGACUUAACACACAGACGGCCCUCACUUUACACUAUUACUUUUACUGAGCAACGAGGAGCUCCAGGUGAAAAGUAGAAGAGUGAGAAAAAGUAAAAAUAAAACAUUGCAAAUGCAGAUAAGUUUAGCAGUUUUUUUUUGGGGGGUAAAAAUUAAUUUUGCUCAAAACAUCAGUUAAGACAUUCCUUGACAUGCAGAUUAAAGAUCUGUAGUCAAAAAGUUGAAAUUCUGAUAAUUAAGUGUUGUCUUAAUUAUAUAAUGAAGACAAUUAAUUAUCAAAAUUUCAUUGGUACAAUUAAGACAUAUAAAAUUUCGACCACAGAUCCUGAUUCAGCAUGUCGUCCUCGAUGCACAGAUUAAGGAUAUGUGUAAAGUCAGUGCCUACCUUCGAACAUGUUGGCAUGUUUCUUUCUGUUUCUAAAACCUAACCAUACUUACGUGUUUGGGGGUAAGCACUGACUUUAUACCUUGGCUGACCACCAAGUUUCUGGAGGUGGGGGGAGGGAUGGGCCAAUCUGUACGGACUGUACACUUUGCAGCCGAGUGUAUCAUUAUUUAUGGGCGAGUUUCUCAUCUUAAAGCGGCAGCGACUGGUAAUGUUGUCUAUCAGGUGAAAGAGGGAGGGCUGAGACGACACAAUAUUUUUCAAAGACAGAUGAUGGUACAGCAUUUUUUGGCCCAAAUGGACAGUUUUUCGGUUGGUGGUGAUGUACAAAGGCCAAUAAAUGGCAUUUUACAAUCUGAACUGAGGUGUAAAACAUGAAUUGACAAAUAUUACAACAUUCCCUCAACACAGUGAAUGCACUAACUUAAUGUACAGGUAUAUAUCAUUUAUUGCUAUAAUUGUCAGUUCAUGUUUUACAACUGUCAAUUCAGAUUGUAAAAUGCCAUUUAGUGGUCUUUGUACGUGACUAUCAACUGAAAAAUUUUCCAUUUGGGCCGAAAAUGAUGUAAUGUAGUUGAGUACUGUGUUGCAUUUUAUAACCGUCACAACUGCAGUCAAUUAUCACAGCUAAAAGGUUAAGACAGAUGCUUUUUUAUUAAAUGCUUCUGUAUUUUCUAAUUACUCUAUUAAAUAUUUAUUUGUAUGUUUUAGUAGACACUGUUGUUGCAUGAGAAAAUACUGUGAUUCUUGUUAUUGUGCAAAAACUAGUUGGGAAUAUAUAUAUAAACAAGCCAAGGUUAUACAAAUUGAUGCUUCUAUAUUAUACUGUACAGUAUUGGUUGAAUUAGUUUUAUCAGAUAUUGAAACCUUUAGUUGAAAUUGAAAAAAAUUAAUUAUUUACAUAUACUGUAUACAAUAAUAAUAAUAAUACUGGAUAUACUCCAAAAAUGCCACUGACUGCAUGCCAAGAAUUUUAAUUAAUGUCGUAUCUUUUAUAAACAUUAAUUACGUAAUAGCUACACCUCAUAUGCAAGGUCAUCUUCUACCUGUGCUAUGCUGCAGUCAAAUUGUUUUUACCUUAAAAAUCUUACUGGUACUGAACAUGAUAAAAAUUUAAAUACACAUACAUUAGUUUUUUUGGAAUGAUCAAGUGGAAAGCUUAUCUAAAGUGAACAAAAUUAAGUUAAUUUCACAAUCCGCCAUGUUAUAAAUCACAGAAUUAGCAUUAACCGGUACAUUGAAAAUAAAAAAUAAUAUAUGUACUGUACUACAGGUAAAUGGUUUGCUAAAAAAAAAAAGUACUGUGGUUCUUAUGUCUAAAUAAAGGGUUCAACCUCAUUUAAUUUUUAUAAACACACAAACAAUUUAGACAAAUGGUACAACACAAACAUUAUGUCCAUCUAAUAACAUUUCUCAUAUUAGUAAAUUGACAAAAUAUUGUGAUGUUGCAGUUUGGGCUUGGCAAAAGAAUACCGUCAUCAGAGUUAUGUUGCUAAUUGAUGCUCUCUCUUUCUUUUCGGAAUUUAUCUCCUUAACAAAUGUUUUAUUCAUAGAAGAUCCGAUUGCGUAAUACGGCAUUAUUAUUAUUAUUGGUUUUGUUAUCAUUUUACUUGUCAGAAGUUGAGCAUGUUAACUUUAGCUGCUUAUCUUAAUGACAAACAUUUUAUGGGCAUUGUUAAACAUUUGCUAUCAUGUCAUAGCAUUUAGAGGAGCUCGAUAUACUGUAUUUUGCUUCUCAAUUAAGAUACAUGUGACCAAUUUCACUUUUCCUGCCAUUAUUCUUAUAAAUGCCAAUAUGUUUUAUGUACCAUUCACCAAGAAAAUGUUUUACAAAUUCAUUAUUUUUUUACAAUGACUCCAGUGAGAGUUUUAUAUGACAUGAAGGCUUCAUUAGUGUGUAUAGUACAGUGUGUAAAUUGCAUAUUCACCUUUGAAGAAUUGACUGUGAACUUAAAAUGAAUAAGAAAGUACA